AUGGACGCACAGCGUGCUGCUGGGCGCUCAACCUCAACGCCUGUGCUGCUGCUGCUGCUGCUGUUGUUGUGUUGUUGCUGCUGCUGCUGCUCUUGCGCGGAAUCCACCUGCGUGAAGCGCUGUCUCUCGUUCCUGCUUCCCUCCCCCGCUGCUGCAGCAGUAGCACGAGCAGCGGCAGCGCCGCCAGCUGCGGCAACAGCAAGAUCGCCCGCAGCAUCCGCAGCAGCAGCAGCAGCAAGCAGAAACGGCCUGCUGCAGCUGGGCCGUUGCACAGCGAGGAGAGAGACAUCGACAAGAGCAGCAACUGCCUCCAGCUCCCCUCUUGUCCUGCAGCUGCAGCAGCAUCUGCAGCAAGAGGAUCCAGCAGCAGCAGCAGGCGGCAGCGCCGAAGUGCUGCGCCUCGAAGAUGUGUCUGUAUGCUCAGGUGCUGCUGUGCUGCUGCAGCGGGUGUCUCUGCAGCUGCAGCAGCAUGAGAAGCUGGCGCUCAUAGGAAGCAACGGGGCUGGAAAGACAACCUUGCUGAAUGCAAUUGCUGCUGCAGCGCAACAGCAGCAGCUGAAGCAGCAGCAGCUGCUGCAGCAACAGCAACAGCAACAGCAGCAGCAUGCAGGAAAUGGGGGCUCAGAGCAGCAGCGGGGUCAGCGUCAGCGCCUCAGCAAGGCAGCACGCCGGCAGCUGCGGCGGAUGUCCCCACAGCAGCAGCAGCAGCAUCAGCAGCAGCAGCAACAGCAGCAGCAGCAACAGCAGCAGGAGCAGCAGCAGCAGGAGCCUGACUCCUUUUCGAUGAGCACAGGAGAUGUCUCUGGGCGUAUUCAUUUCCGCUGCUCCCCCAGCCGCGUGGCGCUGCUGCAGCAAGAAGGCUUAGAGGGUUUAUCUGCUGCUGCUGCUUCCAAGACAGUGAAGGAAGAAGUACGCUCGCAGCUGCGGCAGCGGCAGCAGCUGCUGCAGCAGCAGAUCCGGCAGCAGCAAGACGCACUGAAGAACCUCCUCCAAGGGAAUGAACCCAGCAGCAAAAGCAAUAGCAGCUGCAGCAGCAGCGGCCGCAGCAGCGAGACGCAGGAGAGCGCCGUGAUGGCAGCAGCAGCGCAACUAUCUGCGCUGCAGCAGCAGCAGCAGCAGCAGGAAGGGGAAGAGGAGCGUUGGAUUGACACAGUGCUGCACCAUGUGGGGUUAGAGCAGCAGCAGCAGCAGCAGCUAGCGACCCUAAGUGGGGGGCAGCGCAUGCAGCUGCUGCUAGCAAAGGCCUUAUGCCAGAGGCCCUCGCUGCUGCUGCUUGACGAGCCAACGAACCAUCUGGAUGCUGCUGCUGCUGCUGCGCUGCAGCAGCUGCUGCAGCAGCUGCCCCUCCCUAUGAUUAUCGCCUCGCACGAUUCGCUGUUGCUGCAGCAGGUCUGCACCGGCGUGCUGCUGCUGCGGCGAGGCUGCUUGGGCCCCAAGUAUGUGGGGCCGUUGGCUUCGUUUCAGCAGCAACAGCAGCAGCAGCAGCAGCAGUGGCAAGCGGCUGUGCGGCGGCAGCAGCAGCAGCUGCAGCAGCUGCAGCAGAAGCUGCGCCGACAGAGGGGGCCCCCCACUGCAGCAGACGAGGCGCUGCUGCAGCAGCUCAAGCAGCAGCUUCCUUCUCCUGAACCUGUGGAGAGGGCCCCUGCUUUUUUGCUGCCGCAUGCACCGCAACGAGCAGCAGAAAUCCUCGCGCUAAGAGGCUGCACUAUUCGUGUCGCCUCCCGAUCCCAGCAGCAGCAGCAGCAUCAGCAACAGCAGCAACAACUGCACCAACAGGAGCAGCAGCAGCAACAGCACCCGCACCAACACCACCGCCACCAACAGCAGCAGCAGCAGCAAGAGCAGCAGCAGCAGCAGCAGCAAGGCAAAGAAGUGCUUCGUGAUGUGACUCUGAUAGUUCGUCGGGGUGCUAAGAUAGCGAUUGUGGGGCCAAACGGCAGCGGGAAGACCACCCUACUAAAAGCCUUAGCAGGUUAUGUUCAAGGCGAGCAGCAGCAGCAGCAGCAGCAGCAGCAGCCGGAAGUUGUGAUCGCGAGCGGGGAGCGCACUUGUGCGCAGUCACUGUCUUCUUCGCUUUUGCUGCUGCAGCAGCACCACGCAGAUGUGCUGCCUCUCGAUUUAACUCCCAUCGAAGCGCUACGAUCUGCUGUUGCUGUUGCUGCUGCUGCUGCUGCUGCAGCCCCUGCUGCUCAGUCAGACGAAGCAGCAGCAACAGCAGCAACAACAACAGCAACAGCAGCAGCAGCAGCAGCAGAGGAUGAAGCAGCGCUUGAUGCGCAUGCACGUGCUGCUUUGGGAAGAGUAGGGCUAAGGGGGCCCCUCUUGGGGGCCCCCCUAAGGCAGCUAAGUGGUGGACAGAAAGCUUUAUUUAGUAUUAGUAAGGGUUUGCUGCAGAUAGGAGACACAGGAGCGUUGCUGCUAGACGAACCGUCGAAUCACUUAGAUGCUGCUGCUGCUGCUGCACUUGCUGCUGCUCUUAAGGCCUUCCCAGGAACGGUGUUAUUUGCUUCUCACAACCCUCAUUUUGCUGCUGCUGCUGCUGAUGAAGUUGUAGAGAUAAACCCAAGCAGCAGAACCCUUACAGUCUACGCUGCUGCAGACGUGACGCCGCUUCCGCCUGCUGCUGCUGCUGCUCCCGCUGCUGCUGCUGAUGCUGAUGCUGCUGUUGAUUGCUGGCGAAGGCAAUGGAGCAGCGCUUUCGCAGCUGCCUACGCCAAACGGCGAUCCAGCAGCAGCAGCAGCAACAGCAGCAGCAGCAGCAGCAGCAACAGCAGCAGCAGCAGCAGCAGCAAUGAGGGCCGCAAGCGACGGUUUGGAGGUAGUGGGGUCUCCUGCGGGAGAGUAAAAGGAUUUAAGAAUGCAAAGCGGUGGCUGUAA